AUGGCGAAGGAGCUGACGCCACUCGUGGACACGCAAAUCUCCGUCAUCACAAACGAUGGGCGGAACAUCAUCGGUAUCCUUCGAGGAUUCGAUCAGACCACCAACCUGAUCCUGGAGGAGUGCUUCGAGCGGGUGUACUCGGAGGACAGCGGGGUGGAGCAGGCGGUGCUGGGGCUGUACAUCAUCCGAGGUGACAACAUAGCCAUCAUCGGGGAGCUUGACGAGGAGCUCGACGCCGAGCUAGAUUUGGCAAACACGAGAGCCCCGCCACUAAAGGCGAUAGUGCACUGA